UCAAUAUAAAUGGAUGACGGGCUUAUUUAGUGUCAUAUAUUACAUGCAAAAUCAUUUUUCAUUUGUUCGAUGACUAAGUGGAUUUUUGUUUUUACUUGAUUAAGUCAAAUACUAAGCAUCGUAAACCAACUCCAGGAUUAUAUGAACAGAUGAUCAGAAUGGCGAUCAUCAAUACUCGUGAUUUACAUAAGGUAUGUCAUCCGCAUUACCUGGUCAACAUUUUAUUGGCCUUUUCGUUCCUUGUGCUCAAAUUGGUACCACCGUUUUGCAAUUAUCUGUUCAAAGAAUGUCAGCUAGAACAUCGCGAUACAGAAAUUCUUUUCUUUACCAUCGUUAUAAUCAUGUUUCGAACGCGUAAACAGGGCAACGUCACUUUUCUGCCGUACUUGUCAUCGGCCUGCAUGCUCAUGAAGCUUGGUAAUAUUCUACUCUAUUUUAACGCUGGUCCUCUUUACGGAAUCGUUUUCGGUUGCUGCUGCCUCUUGCAAAUGUUAUUGUUACCUGAACCUACUUACCAAGGACCGGAAAACAUUGCCUACAUGAAGGGUGAAGAUCUUGAAGAAGAAAUUGGCAGGGACAAGCGAGUAGUUUGGCUAGUUGAACUUUAUGCCGCUUGGUCACCACCUUGCGUCGACUUUGCUAAUGUUUUCGCCGAAUUGUCUAACAAAUAUUCAUUGGACAAUUUACGUUUUGCGAAAGUUGAUCUGGCCCGUAACCCGGAUACAGCCACUAAAUACAGAAUUAACAUUUCGACUUUGAGUAAACAAUUACCUACAGUUAUAUUAUUCAUGAAUGGUCAUGAAACUAUGCGACGUCCAUUGGUCAAUGAGAAAGGCAAAUUAGUUAAUUUUGCCUUUACAUUCGACAAUGUGGUGAUGGAAUAUGAUUUGGACCAAAUCUAUAAACAAUGUCGAAACAAUCCAUUGACGACAGUGGCCGGUUCUAUGAACGAAAAUAAAAAGAAAAAAUAGCUUAAGAUAGAAAAGAGAAAUUUUAUUCGGGCAUCAUUUUUCUUGUUAUUGAUAUGUGUGUGUUCUAUUAUUAUAUAUUAAAUUUUAAAAAAACCUGUUAAA